CGGGGAUGCUGCGGCCGGGCAGGCACGGGGAGCCCCGCGGAGCUCCGCGCUGAGGACAGGCACCGGCCACCAGAGGCUCCAGCUCCCGGGCGCAGCGAGGGCUUUGCUAUGGUGGCAGCCGCAGCCACCUCUCCCUGCCGCCCUCGCCCCUCGCCAGCCAGGCUCUGCUCCCCCCUCCGCUUGCCCCCCAGCCCGGGCCAGCAUGGGCAGCGUCAGUAGCCUGAUCUCUGGCCACAGCUUCCACAGCAAGCACUGCAGAGCCUCCCAGUACAAGCUCCGCAAGUCCUCGCAGCUGAAGAAGCUCAACAGGUACUCGGACGGGCUGCUGCGGUUCGGCUUCGCGCAGGACUCCGGCCACAAGUCCAGCUCCAAGGGCGGCAAGAAUGAGGAUUUCUUUUACAUCAAGGUCAGCCAGAAGGCUCCUGGCCCCCACCGCGCGGACUACACCUCGCUGGCUGCCGGCGAGCUGGGCGGCCAGGCUGGGGCCAGCAGCGUGGAGCUCGGCACCCCCACGCCGCAGAAGCUGAUGCCCUUCCCCAGUCAGCUGGAAGUGGGCGCAGAGAAGCCGACGCCGCGACCCACAGCCUUCAAGCCGGUGCUGCCCCGCGCCGGCGCCAUCCUGCACUCCUCCCCGGAGAGCGGGGGGCACCUGUCCCAGCUGCACCCCCAGGACAAAGGCAAGGAGCAGGAGCUGAAGCCGGCGCUGUGCUCGGGGGGGCUGUCUGACUCCGGCAGGAACUCCAUGUCCAGCCUCCCCACCCACAGCACCAGCAGCAGCUACCAGCUGGAGCCCCUCGUCACGCCCAUGGGACCCAUCAGCCGCUUCGGGGGCUCGGCCCACAACAUCCUGCAGUGUGCCAUCCUCCAGGACAGCAACAUGAUGAGCCUCAAGGCCAUGUCCUUCUCCGACGGCGGCAACAAGAUCCUCAACCCUGGCAAAGCUGCCCACCACCACCACCACGCCGCGGAGAAGGCCACCUGCAUCCGCUCGCCCAUCUCCACCGACGAGUGCACCAUCCAGGAGCUGGAGCAGAAGCUGCUGGAGCGGGAGGGGGAGCUGCAGGAGCUGCAGAUGAGCUUCGAGGAGAAGGAAAUCAGCUCCUGCCAGGUUUACGAGGAGAAGCAGCGGCGCUGCAAGGAGGAGCUGGAGGGCCUGAAGCAGAAGUGCAGCAGCAAGCUCAAGCAAACCUCGCAGAAGACCCAGCGGACGCAGCAGGUGCUUCACCUCCAGGUGUUCCAGCUGCAGCAGGAGAAGAAGCAGCUCCGGGAGGAGCUGGAGAACCUCAUGAAGGAGCAAAACCUGCUGGAGACCAAGCUGAGGUCCUACGAGAAGGAGAAGACCAACUUCGCCCCGGCGCUGGAGGAGACCCAGUGGGAGGUGUGCCAGAAGUCAGGGGAGAUCUCCCUCCUGAAGCAGCAGCUGAAGGAGUCCCAGACGGAGCUCAACAGCAAGACCACUGAGAUCCUCAGCCUGAAGGCUCAGUUGAAGGAGGUGAGGAUGAAGAUGGAAGGGCUGGAGAUGAAGACCCAGGACCUGGAGGGCUCCCUGCGCACCAAGGCCAUGGAGCUGGAGGUGUGUGAGAACGAGCUGCAGCGCAAGAAGAACGAGUCUGAGCUGCUGAGGGAGAAGGUGAACCUGCUGGAGCAGGAGAUCCUGGACCUGCGGGCAGAGCUCUCUGUGCUCAGGGAGCAGCUGAGCAGUGCCCGGGAGGUGCCCAGGCCCUGCAGCACGGUGGACGAUGCCCAGGCCCUGCAGGGGGAGGUGGAGAGGCUGAGGGCAGAGCUGAAGGCUGAGCGGGACAGCAACGAGCAGAUGAGCUCCAGCUUCCAGCAGGAGCGGCAGACGUGGAAGGAGGAGAAGGAGAAGGUCAUUCACUACCAGAAGCAGCUGCAGCAGAGCUACCUGCACAUGUACAAGAGGAACCAGAGCCUGGAGAAGAUGCUGCAGCAGCUGGCAGCGGGGGACGAGGGCAAGGAGCCCAUCGAGCUGGACAUCCCUGGCGCCGACGUGCCCUACGAGGACAUCAUCGCCACCGAGAUCUGAGCGGCGCUGCCUCCUCCUCCUCGCCGCUGGGGGCUGGGAGCCUCCCCCAGGCCGGAGCCCUGCCCCCAGCGCCUGUACAGCCGACAUGAGCCAUGUAUUUAUUCCCGCAGCUGGUGGCCUGGCCAGCCCCCGGCCCCCUCCGCCGCCCCUCGUGUUGCAGAGGCCAAGAAGCAACUCGUGCCAAGGGUGAUGUGCCAGCAGCUCCCCUCCCCCCGCUGCCACCUCGGCAGUGCCCCUUCUGCCCCCUCGCAGGCCUGAGAAGCUGGAGUUGGGGCAGCUGGGACCAGGCUUGGGAGCAGCUCCGGCGGGGGGAGGAGGCGAUGCCGAGGUCCCGAGGGAUGCUCUGCUCCGGGCUCCGGGGGGGCCUCGUGGUGGUGCAGCUCCGGGGAAGGGGACACGUCCCAGCCCUUCCCACUGCCUUCAAGAGGAGCCACUCCCCAGGACGUCUCCAGCUGGUCCCUGGAGAAGCACCAAGCUGCUCUCAGACCUCCUCAACCUUCCUCUGGUCAGUGCUGAUCUCCAGGGUGCCCUGGGACCAAGGAGCCACCUCCUGCCGCCGGCUGCACAUCCACUCCUCUGGUCCUUCAGCUGCUGUAGUGCCUCAGGAAGGACCCUCCCCACACCCCCCACGCCCCCACACCUCGUCACAGCCAGCACCCCACCAAAGCCACCCCUCACCAACGAGCACAGCCCACCCUGUGCCCAGCACGCCCCAGCCCUUGGCCACGGCAGCUCUGGCACAGCCUCCUCCCUGGCCCUGCCCCGCCACGGUGAGCCCUGCUCCGGAGGAUGAGGGCUCCAAGUCCCUUCCCUCCACCUGCCAGAGGGAUUUAAGGAUCAACAGGAAGGUCCAAGCCACAGCCUGAGCCAAGGGAUGGAGAGGGAAGUCAGCUGGGUUUGCCCUGCCAGCCCCUGAGCUCGCUGUGACCACCCCUGCCUGGACCCCUGGCUGCCUUAUCUCCUCCUGUGCCCUGACGUCCAUGGGCUGCCAGCAGCAGAAGCUGGUCACAGAGCACAGCCAGGACCAGACCAACCACUUGCAGCUUCUUUGCCACCCCAGCUCUUAAAAUCUCCUCCUGCCACCAGCCAGUGGCUGCCAAGGCUGCGCCACACACCCCCGGGGUGACUCUCACAGCCCUCCAAGGCUCAGCGUGGGUCAGGAAGGAGUCAGCCAAGAUCCAGCUUGCCAAGGGGGAGGUCUCCAGCCAGGCCCACGCUGUGCCAGGGUGAUGGUAUUUGUACUGCACUGCCUUUGUUUACCCACUCAUGACCUGGGCACCAGCCUGGGAAGCCCACUCCAGGGCUGUGGGGGAGGAUCUUGCACAAUCCCAUGCCACAGAUUUGGCCAAGGGCUCAAAGCUGUCCCCAAGCAGCAGAGUUCAGCAUCCCUCACCCCACUCCAGCCAGCCUGUCAAGGUGGCACAUGGAAACCAGUCUGUGCCUUUUGCACCUGUCCCCCAAGCCCCCCUCUAAAUGCCAGCCUGGGGCAUCACAGCCAGUCCCAGGGCUGGUACCCAGCACAAGCCAAUCCUUAGCCAUGGUCCACUGGAGAAAAGCCAACCUCAUGUGCCAGUGGCAGCCCUCUGGCUGCAGGUUGGGGCCACCUUUGUGCCACCAGCCUUUGGCCAGCCCUGCCAAAGGGCAUUUUGGAGAGGAAACCCAGGAGCUGGAGGCUGGCACCCAGCUGGCAUCCAGCUCCUCUGCAGCUCACAAGGCCAGAAGGGAUUUCCUGCAUCACCCCAGCCCUGCACCGAGGGCUCUGCACCCCCUCCACACCCCACACUGGAGCCACACCACAGCGACCAGAACCUUUCCAGUGCCAAACCCUCCGGGUGCCAUGAGGAGCUGAGCCCUCCCCGGCUGCCCCAUCCCGCGGCUCCCCACGCCCGUGCCCGCCUGCCCAGCCUUACCCUCUCUCCCUCCAGCCUCGGUGGCACCACGCCAGGUGCCCAUUCGCCCUGCCCCGUGUCCCCCCAGCCCUGCAGCCAGCGCUGUGUGAUGUGAUUGCCUGGUGGCAUCGUCCUGCUGCCUUUGCACAAGGCUCUGUGCCCGUCCCUGGCGCUGCUGCCCUCGGGCGCAGCCUCCACAGGUCCUGCCCUCUCUGCAGGUUCUCUCUGGUUUUUCGUCUGUAUUUUGGUUUGCUGGUUCUGGGGUUUGUUUUUUACUGUCCUCUCUGGUGGCUGCUGUACACUGAUGGUGAUUUUAUGGUUCUAUUUAUAAAUAAAUUUUUUAAAAGUC